AUGUGGUAUCUGUGCGCGUUAUUUUGUCUAUCGUUGGCGGCGUCGGUGAGCGGCAACGGUCUACUGUUGCUGUACCGGCCACAAGACAUCAGCAGCGAGUGCGCCGCCUCUCGUCACCUCCGCUUCGACCUCUCCUUCGGCAUGGGAAUGUCCGACACGACCACCUUGGUGUUUCGCACGCUGAAUGACUUCGACUACGGCUGCGUGGUGGAGGUGUCCACCGAGGGGCCGCAGUUGAGCCUGCUGGUCGUCAUCCGCUACCCGAACAGCAUAGCGGACAACUGCGCCCUAAAUCGGGAGGCGUUCGUCAUCCUCAAGCGGAGCAAGUGCCUCCGUCUGUGCGACAUGCUGGGCGGGCGGGACAUCGCAUCGCCCUACUACGUGGUCACGCUCCGCGAGAGGAUACGCUUCCGCUUUAUCAGCAACAGCAGCGUCAACACGGACAUGAACGCUAACAUGUACCAAGUGACGGUGACCGCCGCCCGCACCGCCCCGGCAGACGGAUGCAGCCGCCGCAACGAGACCAUAUGCACAAUAGACGAACACCAUUACUGCUUCACCAGCGGCGUGGUGUGCGACGGCAUCAACAACUGUGGCGUCGCCGACUGGUUCGACGAGCGCAAGUCCCAAUGCGGGCUCCCCGUGGAGCGGCUGGGCGUGGCGCCGGUGAUAGCGGUGCUGCUGGCGGUGCUGUGCGCGCUGCUGGUGGGCGGGCGGGCGCUGUCGCGGUGCCUGCCGCCCGCGGCCGCCUCCUUCUUCAUCUUCAACGCGAACGAGGACAACCGCCUCUGCGUGGACACCGUGCACCGCAAGCCCGUCCACGCCGCCCCGCCGGAAGAUCCGCCCAAGAGGGUCUCCGUCAUACCGAUAUGUUCGGACUCCGAUUCGGCGAACCGGAGCCAAGAAGAGAUACGGGCGCCGGAAGAUCUUGGCGGACACUCGAGCACUGAGCCCGCUGAACUUACGGGACUUGCAGAACCCUCCUCGGCUCAAAUACAGAAGUCGAGGCGUGACUCGUCUAGGAAGUUCACGAUGCAGACGGUAACCGCCAGCCUCCAGCGACGUCUUAAGACUGUUGUCGGCCACACCCGCAAGAUGUCGUUGGACCCCUCGAAGCCGCUGAACAUC